GCCCCUACUCAGACUGCAACACCCCAUGGGUGUGUCUAACUGGCUUUAAAUCAGUUUAAAUCCCAGUGUCAGUGAUUGCUGUCUUAGGUUUUGUUUGCAUCAAUCAUGUCUGCUGUUAAUGUGCUUCUGUCAGAGGACAGCCUGGUGUGUGGGAUAUGUUUGAAAAUGUUCAAGGAUCCUGUAACAAUCCCAUGUGGUCACAGUUUCUGCCUUAAAUGUAUUCAGAGCUGCUGGGAUCAAGAUAAAGAUAGUGGAGGCCACUGUUGUCCUCAAUGCCAAGAGCAAUUCACUCCCAGACCUCAGCUUCUCAGGAGCCAUGUCCUAUGUAGAGUGGUUGAGGACUUUGCUUCAUCGAAGGGGAGCUUUUCUGAAGACUGUGUUGCUGGCCCAGAUGAUGUGGUCUGCGAUUUCUGCACCCACACCAAACUACAAGCAGAACAGUCCUGUCUGGUGUGCCUGGCCUCUUAUUGCAGAUUCCACCUGAAGCCUCACCAGGAGAAUGAGGCAUUCCAACACCAUAACCUGACCCAGCCGGUAAAGAAGCUCAGCCAGAGACGGUGCCUAGUUCACGGAAAAGCCCUUGACUUGUUCUGCAGAACAAAUCAGACCUUUAUCUGCUCAGUUUGUACAACAAAGGAACACAAGAACCAUGAAACAGUCACAGUAGAAGAGGAGGGAGCUGACAGAAAGGAAAAGCUUUUCCAAAAAGAACGUGAAGUAGAAGCAAGGAUAAAGAAAACUCUAGUCGAGCUCAGAUUUUUGCAACAAAAAGUUGACUCAAUCAUGAGCUCUUCACUUAAAGUGGAAUGUGAAAUUAGAGGCACGUUCUCUGUAAUGACUGAAGCCAUUGAGGAAGCCACUGAAGAAGUGAUUGGAUUGGUCGAGAACACAGUGCAAGCAGCACUGAGCCGGGCUGACAGAAUCCGGAGUCAACUCGAACAGAAAUGUGAUGAACUGAGAAAGGAGGAGCAGCAACUGAAAACCUUGUCAAAGAGCAGUGAUCAUGUGAUGCUGGUGCAGGAAUCUUUAGCUUUGAACUCGUCAUUACAGACUUGGGAUAUCCCAGCAUUCAGCUCCAAUGUUGAAGCCAAGCUUCGCUGCGCCAGUAAGGUAGCAACUGACCUCUCAGCACUGGUUACAGGAUAUCUGGGAGCAGCUAUCAGGCAAAUGAAAAACAACAAAAUAAAGGAACAAGACCGGGAUCUCCCUACAGUGACUCCUUUGCCUCAAGUUUCCCUGCUUCACCUGGAAACUAGAGAAGAUUUCUUACCCUAUGCUGUGAAUCUGACUUUUGAUCCCAACACAGUGAAUAAUUAUCUCCAUUUAUCAGCUGGAAAUCAGACGGUGACAGAAUGUUAUCCAGAGUCACAGGCCUACCCCAAUCACCCUGAGCGCUUCGACAGCUUAUGGCAGGUGUUAUGCAGUGAAAGCCUGGCCUGUGGUAAAUACUACUGGGAGGUGCACAGUCAGACUCUCACACACAACUUCCUGGCCAAAGUAGGGGUUGUGUAUGGGAGAAUGAAGAGAAAGGGGGCAGAGCGGUCAUGUUGUAUUGGUGAAAAUGCUAUGUCCUGGUGCUUGAAUGUUUACCCAGAUGCGGGAACCUGGCUCCGCUUUUCUACAAGACACGGAAAUAAAGGUAUUAACCUCCCAGCAACCAGAUGCAACCGGAUUGGGGUUUACCUGGACACUGAAGCAGGCACCCUCUCGUUCUAUGCGUUCAGUGAUAGAAUAAUCCUUCUGUAUAGAUUCCAAGCUGUCUUCACUGAACCCCUGUAUCCAGCCUUUGGCCUUUAUUCCAAUUCCUCUCUCACUAUUCAGCACUUUGAUCACUAGUUAUUGCUUCCAGCGCCUCUGUUCUGACCUUGCACCUCAUUACCAAGCACAAUCCAGAUUUCCUUUCAAAAAUGUUUUCUCAGCAAUUAGUCUAAGCAAUUCCUGUGAGAUAGACCGAAACUAUCAGCAAGGUGGAGCUUCAUACAAGAAAGGGUUAUGGAGGGAGAGGGAGAGAGUGAAUUAAACUGAAACAGAAUUAUUGAGCAAACAAUGCUUUACAUCAAUGAAUAAAUCCUCUGUGCCAGUGGGACUGAGCUUGAGAGAGUCAACUUCGUGCUCUAAGUUUGUGGAUUGAACCUGGUGUAACAUUAUUCCUACUUGUUCCUGGGAUUUGUGUUCACUGGCAAGGUCAGAUUUGUUGCCCUAAGAAUGAACAUGGCGAAUCACAUUCUUGAAUUGCUGCAGCCCGUAUGGUUUGGAUAUAGCCGCAUUGUUGUUAGAAAGAGAAUUCCAGAAUUUUGAUUCAGACAGUGAAACAACUGUAAUAUUUUUGCUCCAACAGAGGAUGGUGUGCGUCUUGGAUGGGAACUCGCAGGAGAUAGUAUCCCCACGCACCUUGUUCAUCUAGAUGAUAGAGGCUGUAGGUUUGGAAAAUGUCAAAGGAUACCUGAUGAGUUCCUGCAGUGUAUUUUGCAGAUGGUACACACUGUUGCUUUUGUGCAGCAGGUGGAGAGAGUGUGUGUUUAAGAUCGUGGAUGGGGUACUGAUCAAGGAGGCUGCUUUGUACAGAUGAUGUUGAGCUUCUUGAAUGUUGUUGGAGCUGCACUGAUUCAAUCAAGUGAAGAAUAUUCUAUCAUACCCCUGCUUUAUGUCAUGUAAGUGGUGGAGUGGCUUUGUGGAAACAGGAUGAGAAUUAUGUGCUGCAGAGUUCCCAGCCUUUGACCUGCUCUUGAAGUCACAGCAUUUAUAUAGCUGAUCCAGUUAUAUUUUCUGGUCAAUGGUAAUUCCUAGGAUAAUGGUAGUGAUUGAUUCAGUUACUGUAAUAUUAUUUGUGUCAGGGAGAGAUGGUUAGAUUCUUAAUGUAGGAGUUAGUGAUAUAUCAACACAUGAAUUAAGAGCUGGAGCAUGUUGUUCAGUCCUUCAAGCAUGCUUUACCAAUCACAGGAUUGCUGCUGAUCUGAUUGUAAAAUCAAAUCAAAGCAGACCUUAUUGAAACUUACAAGAUUCUUGGGCACACAAGCAUAAUUAAUGCUGGAGAAAUUCAGGUCUAGCAGCAAGCAGAGAGAAUCAGACAGAGUUAAUGUUUCAAGUUCGCAGUGAUUCUUCGUCAGUAAAAGAUUUUUGGGCAGCUAGGCAUGGUGAAUUUGGAGAGGUUGGUUCUCCUUAUGGAGGAAUUUAAGACCAGCAGGCACAGUCAAAGUAAGGACCGGUUUUUCUCUCAAAAGGUAUUAAAUCUUUGGAAUUCUUUACCACAGUCUGUCAAGUAUGUUCAAGGCUGAGAGAGACAGAUUUCUAUUUGGUCAGAGAAACAAAGGAUUCCUUGAGGGACAAGGGAGGAAAGUGGAUUUGAGGACUAUUGGUCAGCCAUCAUCUGUUUAAAUGGCAGAACAGACUUGAUGGGUCAAAUGGACUACUUUAACUUCUACAUCUUUUGGUCUAAAUUCUCAUUCCCACUUAACCCUAAUAACCUUUCACCUCCUUGCUUAACAAGAAUCUAUUUACUGGGGUUCUGCCAUAACGUGUGUUCCAGCAACGUGAAUAGCUGUAAUGUGACUGAAGUACAGGGGAGCGCUAUCUCUAAAACGCGAACUUGUGUUGGCUACAAUGUGACUCAUCGAUGUGCAGAGGAGAACAUGUUGACAUCACAUGAUCGUUUCGCAGGCUUUGUCCUGAGCAUGUACAAUGUCAGCACCUAAACAGUCUCCAUGAUCGUUGUGCUUUCUGUGAGAAGUACAGUACAUUUUAUGGCAAUGUCUACUGUGUGUUACCCACAAAAAUGUGAGGACAAAGUGACAAGAAUGUUGGCAAGAAGCAUCCUGGUGUUAAAAUUGCAGAUGGUCAAUGUAAAAGAAAAACUAUACGACUGGAAGAGAAGCCAGAUGUUGUAAGCAUUUUGAGUGUAAUGAGAGAACAUGUGAAAAUAAGUUCUACAACAGGAAUAAAGGAGUCUAUCUUACGCACCAUUGGAGACAAUGCAGAAAAAAAAUAAAGCAAGCUGCAUUGAAGGAACAAGUCUGAGCCACUGUGGGGGAUAAGGACAGUGUUCUUCAAUGUUGCAAGAACUUUAACAUCAAGAAUGCAAUUGACAUUAUUGUAUAGGCCUGGGAUGAUGUCAGUAAGGACUGCUUGCAUGCAAUUUAGCAGAAGCUUCUGCCAGAUUCUUUUAAAAGAUUUAAAAACCUUUGAUCUGUCACCUUUGAUUUUUGAUUCCCAAGAAUCAAAGAACAUUGUGUUGAUCUUGAAAAGCAAGUUGAAUUGGAAGAAGUGGAGAGGCAGGACGUUGAAGAGCUGCUUAAGUCCCACUAUGCAAGACCUCUCUGCAGCUGAUCUACAACAACUUGUCAUUGAGUGGGAAGUGGAAGCUGGAGAUAAAGAAGACAAAGUCCAGGAUGCAGCACAACGAGAGCUUUUGAAGAAGCGUCUAGGCCCGAAACAUCAGCCUCCCUGCUCCUCUGAUGCUGCUUGGCCCGCUGUGUUCAUCCAGCUUUACACCUUGUUAUCUUAGAGCUUUCGACUUCCGUUUUGUCUUCUAUCCUGAGGGAAUGUGAGAAGCAGUUGCAGCUUUUAGAGGACAAUGAUUACAAUGCAGAACAGAGCAGGGUAGCAGUUCAUGGAAUAAGAUGAUGAGGUGAUGAUGAUGCCGACCCUCAGCCCCUGCAUUAACAACAGAGCAACCUCAAAACCUCCUCCCCCAUCAAGUCACCUUGACAUUUUUUUCAAGUUAAGAUGUUAAAUUUACUUUUAUUUCAUUAUUAGCUAUGAAUUAAAAAUUUAUUCAAACUGUUGUAUCCUUUGUGUUAGGCCUUUGAUUGAUUUUCUUUAGUAAUUUAGGGUAAUUUUUUUUGGUGGUCUGACCCUAA